CACCCAUUUUAUAAAUAACUAGAUUCCUGUCAAGAGGAUGACUUUCUUUGCCAUCAUGACAAAAGAGUGAAACUAGAUGCACCUGUUUAGAUCUCUCCUAUAGUCAACAUUGGGGUUUGUGUCUGUGAACUGCGCAAAACUAAAUUAAAACCCAAACAAGAUAAAACCAUUACCUUUGAGAAGGAUGAUCACCAUUAGGACAAUGUGAAAGGUAGUCAUUCUUUAUGUCAACAAGAAGAGCCAAAAAAUAUGCAUGUUGUAUGAUACUAAAAGUCAGAUUUUGUGGGUUUAAUAGUGGAAGAAUUUCAUCCAGAUAAGAGAUUCAGAGAAGAAAUGUGCUAAAUGUCAUUAAAGUCUUACCUUAUGCCCCCAAAUAGUACUGCAAAACAAUUACAAUAAGCAACUUUACUUCCUUAAGUUCAUUUCCUGAUGCUCUACCUACACUCUGAGUUAAAAAAAAAAUAUAGAUAUGAGUCAAACCCACUGUGGUUUCCAAUGUAGGUUUGUGUGAGCAUAUGUCAAUUGGAUGUGGAUAUCAGAAAUACUUCAUGUUUAUGUUUAAAUCUUUGACCUUGCAAAGGCCUAAACAAUAUAAAAGUGGUUUUGUUUUCCUACUUUAAAAGUUCCAGAGAGGGGUAAGCGAAAGAAAGAGGGGGGUGAGCGAUAAAGAGGUGAGAGAAAGACAGAGAGGCGUGAGGGACAGAGAGAUCGAGAAAGGCAGAGAGAUUAUAUGAGAUUUUUUUUCUGCGUUCCUGAUCAUGCGUCAGUUACAUUCAUACUCACUACCCCACAAUCCCCACCCCGUGGCAGCCCCUCUCUAGUAGAACACCAUGUACCUAGCUAACAGAGCUCUACCUUGUGUGCAACGGAAGCCUCAUGACUCUGAGAGUUUCAGCAUGACAAAAUAUCUUCAGCAACCACAGUUGGCUUUUAAGAUGUGUGCCGGUGCCAUGGUCACUGCUGGUGUUUUCCUUGGACCUGUAGCCUCCUGCUUUGGCACCUUUUUUCACAACACAAUGAGCCCAUUGAUGUGGAUUGAGAUGAUGCUCAUUUUGUCUCAGGCCUCUGGCGCUAGUGGUGUGGAUUGGAAAGCUGAUUACCCGAAGUUUGUUUUUACCAAUAAGGGAGAUGAUGUGACCAUUCUAUGCAAUGUUACCUAUCCCCCGUCCCCAUCUAAAGAGCCUAUCCUGGCCUACUGGAAACGCCUGGGAAAAACUAAACUUACCAUCAAUGAUAAUGACAAGAAUGAAUUCCUCUAUCACCCCAACAACACAUUCGUCAUCAAGAGUUUUCAGAACAGGACCAAGCUGACAGGAAAUGUCACUAAGGGAAACUGCUCCCUGAACAUCAAGGGAAUUGAAGAAGGCGACAUGGGGCCCUUUUACUACUUGAGAAUUGCCACUGGAGCCAACAACUUCAGUUUUAUUAAUCAACUUGUCUCCAUAUCUGGAACCUCCGGGACUAUUUCAAUCAUACCAAUGGACAAGUCAAACACAGUUGAUUCCACGACUACAGUCCCACUAGCCACCACAGAAUUGUGUAAGGAAGCGCUAUCCACGACCAUAUAUAUUGCCGUCACGGUCCCAGUGGUUGUAGUUUUACUGGUUGCUGUAUUGGGAAGUGUUUGGUUCUUCAAGUACAGGAAAAGGUCCAGGUGUGUCACUAAGCAAGUGUCUGGAUAUUAUGCUAAUUUCACCAUGACUCCAAUGGCCAAACCUGAAAGAGUCAAAACUACAAAGAAAGAUGACACCCAAGUUCCUCCUCCAAGGGUCAUCGAUGAGCCCGUCUAUGGCAACGUCCAGGGUCCAAACGAUCCGAUGGACAGUAUGGAUCAAAUGGACAGUGGAUAUGCAAAUGUGGAUCAUGCAAAACAGUGACGAAGCUGCAUCUCAGAUUUCAUCACUGCUUAAUAAUACUUGUUGAAUGUGUGUGUGUGUUUUUAUCUUGAUUGUUAUCUUGUCAAAAUGCAGUUUACAGAGUGUUAGCCCUUGUUUCUCACAUCCUGUUUUGACUUUCACUUGGUUAUGUGCAGUUUGUUUGUUAUAUGUAAAAUACAUAGUUCAGUAUGCAACUAUUUUUGAAAGGACUGUCUUUCAAAUAAACAUACUUACUGAGAUGAUAUGCUA